AUGGCAUCCAUUACCUUCCACCCCCAAGGUUGUUCAUCUGGAAAUGGGCUUGUGACGCUCGUUUCAGCUGGAACGGCGGGCACUGGGACAUGCUUCUUCAAUGAUGGCGCAUUUCCCAACUCCAAUCCAUCUGGAGGAUACGAGAUUCAAGGGAUGCCGUCCACAGUGUCGGUCACCAUAUCGCAAGGUCCACCCGAUGGCACCACUUGCGGCGAAGAGCUCAUUGCUAUAGAACACCAAAAUGGAUGCUAUGACUUCCCAAAUCUUUCCAACAGAAUUUGGUGGGCAUUCUGCAACACGGGAAAAGAUUGUCCUGGCAUAACUCAGAAGCGUUCAUACCCGCCACCAACCUUGUCCAAGAAGACAGUUCCUGCCAAAGAAGAGACGAAACGGGCUGUUGAUCUUGAGAAGAAGAAAGAAACCAAAAGUCAAGGCGUAAUCCACACCGACGAAAAGGGUGACUACCUACUCAGCUCUACUGGCCGACGUGUCCCAGUUGUAUAUCAAAACGAGACAACCGAGGUGGAAGUGAAUAGUUCUCCAAUCGAGAAGCGACAAAGCCAGACGUUCAGCCCGCCCAGCAACUGCGUGUUGGAUUCCGGCACAUGUCAAUCUCUGGCUGAUUCCGGCCAGCUGAGGGCUCUCUGCGUCGACUGCCAGCAAGGCUUAGGAAAUGGAGUGAAAGCGUCAGGAUCGUCAAUGAUUGACUGUCGAAACUCCGGUGGACCAUGCCCGGUCACAUUCACUGAUUCCGUCACUGUCACCGACACCAUCUCCGAAAGCAUUACUUUUGGAGCCACUAUCGGUGACACGGGUAAAGAUGGUGCUAACGGAAACGCAAACUUUAACUUUGGUAUCAGCGUCUCUGUUGCUACUACGCAUGGUACAUCUGAGGGCCUGCUGAUUCCCCAGGGUAAAAUUGGCUUUGUUCAAUUUCAACCCCAGGCUCAGCUCGGCACUGUUGUUACGACAAGCUCUCAAGGAAACGUUUGCGACAGCGCCGGGCUCAACAAGAUCUGUGGAGCCCAGCCAGGCAUUCUUGUUAGCAGUUCGAACGAUGCUGAUGGCCAGUACAGCGUCGUUAUCAGCAGCUAA